UUAGCUCCGGGAAUCCUGGGUUGUUUACAUUACUGCCACGGGUCAGGAAUGGUAUGGGCCGACAGACAUCAUAUUCUUAACCCAUGCUUAUUCAACGUAUUUUAAUAAGAAUUAUUGUUUCAAGAGGUUUAAAGGACAGGAAACGUGCCGCGCAAAACUAGCUUACACAACUCUACUGGUUGGAACUUGGACUGGAAAAGUAAGCCUCAAACUUAGCGAAGACAACCGCCAUCACCACUCGAAGAUUUAGCGAAGCUCCCACUUCCUGCAUUUUGGCAUUCCAGUAGACCACAACGAUUAUGGAACGCGAGGUGUUGAUAAAAGUUGUUUCCACUGCCGGACGAAUGGAGCCUACCCAAUUGCUAACACUUCCAACGCGUUGACACAGAGACGCUAACGUCACCUCAGUGUCCACCUCAGUGUCCCCGGAGCACCACAGAAACGCAAAGAAACAACACAACAUGGAUUGGUUGUGAAGGAUUGAUCUUGUGAGACCAUUGACAUGAACGCCCAGCCUCAAGGCCAGCAGGCAGCAGUACCUGUGUUCCAGCCACAGAAGCCACUCCAGCCAGACAUGGGCCACAACACGCUGGCUAACUUCCAGAUUGAGAAGAAGAUUGGCAGGGGCCAGUUCAGUGAGGUGUACCGUGCCAGGUACUUGAUGGACAACACGUCCAUGGCCCUCAAGAAGGUUCAGAUAUUCGACUUGAUGGAUGCCAAAGCUCGGCAAGAUUGCAUCAAAGAAAUAGAUCUCCUAAAGCAACUUAACCACCCCAACGUAAUCAAGUACCAUGCAUCAUUCAUUGAGGAGAAUGAGCUGAACAUUGUGUUGGAGCUGGCUGAUGCUGGUGACCUCUCCCGGAUGAUAAAGCACUUUAAGAAGCAACGGAGGUUAAUUCCAGAGAGGACAGUGUGGAAGUACUUUGUCCAGCUGUGCAGUGCACUGGAACACAUGCAUUCUCGAAGGGUCAUGCAUAGAGAUAUAAAACCAGCUAAUGUCUUCAUAACAGCCACAGGAGUGGUGAAGCUGGGAGAUCUUGGACUGGGACGAUUUUUCAGUUCCAAAACCACCGCCGCCCAUUCACUAGUGGGCACUCCCUACUACAUGUCUCCAGAGAGAAUACAUGAAAAUGGAUACAACUUCAAAUCUGACAUCUGGUCGCUAGGCUGCCUGCUCUACGAGAUGGCAGCUCUCCAGAGCCCGUUCUACGGUGAUAAGAUGAACCUGUACUCUCUGUGUAAGAAGAUAGAGCAGUGUGACUACCCUCCGCUUCCUUCUGACCACUACUCCGAAGAGCUGAGGAAGGUGGUAGAUAUGUGUAUUAACCCCGACCCGGAGAAGAGGCCAGACAUCAUGUACGUGUACGACGUGGCCAAACACAUGCAUGGCCAGCCGCAGCAAGGCAACUAAGUCUACAACGGGGGGCACACUACGAACUGCACACCUCCUCUCAUCCCUGGCUUACACCGAAGGAUAUGCACAGUGGUCUUGCGUUUCAUGCCAUCAUGUAUUGAAAAGUUCAAUUCCGAGAUCACUAAUGUCAUUUUUGUUUUGUUUUGUUAACCAGAAGCGGUUGAUGUACGUCUCAGGUCCUCAUUGUUCUCCAUUUGAGAUGUAAGAAUUGUUUUGUCCCAGCUUCCACCUGGCCCCUGCCCUUGGAUGAUUCGGGUCACGAGUAGGCCAUCGAUGUGGGUCGGUUAGUCUGCUGAUACCAGACAGACAUUGACCUCUGCCAAAGCUAUAUGUUGAGUUGUUGCCUUAGUAACAACAAUACUUUCAGCUGUAGAAGAGUCCCUGUUCUAGAAUCGUAAUAAUUGAUGGGUUAGUGUUUCUCUGUAGGUGGAAAGUAGAGGUAGAGAGAUGUUGAACGUUAGCAGCGUGGUAAGACAUGUAUGCACCUGGUUAAAUAUUGAAUGUAUUAUAAAAAAUAUAAAAGCUUUAUCUGAGUAGUCCUGUCCAUGACAUGAAAAAAUACAUGCAAACAAAAGGGCCUAAAAAAGUUUUCUGUUAGUUAUAACUAAUGCUCUGAAUGACCAACCUGAAGACCAGUCCUGUUUGUUAUAAAGUAAGCACAGUCUUUGAUUUACGCACUCCUGGUUUAUCUUUUUAUUUUAGAUGAGUUAGGUAAUAUUCAACAAUUUGUUUAGUUUUUUUGUGUGUGCAUUUCGUUUUUUUGUGUUUGUGUGUGUGUGUAGGGUGGGAGACAGACACCUAUGUUUAACAGUGAUGGUGUGUACACAUUAAAUAAUUGUAAUGCUGA